AUGGAGAGAACACCCCGAGCAAUCCUCUUCCUCUUGCUCUUGCUCCUUGUCGAUCCCGGCGUAGCUCAGAACACAACCACCGGCAAAGCAGACGAGUUCCAUGUGGGAGUGAUCCUCGAUCUGGGCUCGCUGGUGGGAAAAGUGUCACGAACCAGCAUUUCAUUGGCCGUCGAAGACUUCUACGCGGUCCACCAGAAUUACAGCACAAAGCUUGUUCUCCAUUUCAGGGAUUCCAUGGCCAGUGAUGUAAAGGCUGCAUCAGCAGCGAUUGAAUUACUGGACAAUUACAAACUGCAAGCCAUCAUUGGUCCCCAGAAAUCAUCAGAAGCUGUAUUCAUCUCCAAGAUCGGAAACAUAACCAAAGUCCCCACAGUAUCCUUCACAGCAACAAGCCCCUCUCUCACUUCAGAUACUAUGCCAUAUUUUGUGCGUGCAACAUUGAAUGACUCAGCUCAGGUGAAUAGCAUUGCCUCGCUUGUAAAAGCCUAUGGAUGGAGAGAAGUGGUGCUAGUAUAUGAAAACACCGACUAUGGUAGAGGCAUUCUACCAUACCUCAUUAGUGCACUUCAAGAGAGUGAUGUUCAUGUCCCGUAUCAGAGUGUUAUCCCUCCAUCAGCAACAAGUGAAAUCAUGAUGCAAGAACUCUAUAAGUUGAUGACAAUGCAAACAAGGGUGUUUAUUGUUCAUAUGUCAUCCACGAUGACUUCCCUUCUUUUUAAAAAGGCCAAAGAGGCAGGGAUGAUGGACAAAGGAUUUGCGUGGAUUACUACAAACGGAGUAGCAAACAUCAUCGACUCACUCAAUCCAAGUGUGACUGAGGUGAUGAAUGGUGUACUGGGAGUAAGGUACCAUGUCCCCAAAUCAAAAGAGCUUGAUAGUUUCUCCAUAAGGUGGAACAGAAUGUACCAACAGGAUAACCCAGAUGAAUCACCCUUCAAUAAACUAAGCAUUGUUGGACUACGGGCCUAUGAUACGAUAUGGGCAUUAGCACAGGCAGCAGAAAAGGUUGGGAUAUCCAGUGCCCCAAAUAAGCAACCAUGGUCCAUUAAGAACUCCACAUGCUCGGAAUCCAUGGUUAUUUCCCCAAAUGGUCCAAAACUCUUAGCAGCAAUUGUACAAAAUAAGUUUAGAGGUAUAAGUGGCGACUUUGACCUUACAGACAAACAGCUUAAAGUUUCUGUGUUCCAAAUAAUAAAUGUGGUUGGGAGAGGUUGGAGAGAAAUCGGGUUUUGGAGUGUGAAAAGUGGACUUUCCCGGCAGUUGAAUCAAAACGGCUUAAAAACAGCAGGAUCAGCCUCAAUGCUUGAUCUAAAUCCUGUAAUUUGGCCAGGAGAGUCAACUGAAAUACCGAGGGGCUGGGAAAUUCCUAUAAGUGGUAAGAAGCUUAGAGUCGGUGUGCACACGAGCAAUUGCCCAGAGUUUAUAAAAACAUUCAGAGAUCCUGUUACAAAUGUAACAAGUGCGAGUGGCCUUUCAGUUGACAUAUUUGAGGAGGCAAUAAAGAGGCUACCUUUUGCACUUACUUAUGAGUACCUGGCAUUUGACACAGCUGAUACAGCAACUACAGGAAGCUAUAACGAUUUUAUUUAUCAAGUUUAUCUUCAGAAAUACGACAUAGCGGUUGGAGAUAUUACUGUAAGGUACAAUAGAUCAUUGUAUGUCGACUUCACUGUACCGUACACAGAAUCUGGAGUAGGGAUGAUUGUUCCAGUCAAGGAAAACAUGAUCAAGAAUAUGUGGAUUUUCUUGAAACCAUUGAGCACUGGAAUGUGGUUUGGAAGCAUCAUAUUCUUUAUUUACACAGGAGUUGUUGCCUGGCUUCUGGAGUACCUAAAUGGCAAUCAACAUGUACAUGGUCCCUUUUCACUCAAACAAGUGGGGAUUACAAUGUUCUUCUCCAUUUUUGAAGAGAAGGAGAAGCUAGAACGAUUUCUAUCCAGAAUUGUUCUACUUGUAUGGAUGUUUGUUUUUCUGGUACUUACAUCAAGUUAUACAGCAAGCUUUGCAUCAAUGCUGACUGUACAGCAGCUUUCACCGACAGUGACUGAUGUUCAUGAACUCCAGAGGAAAGGAGAAUAUGUAGGGUUCCACCGUGGUUCCUAUAUAGAGGGUCUACUGGUGGAUAUUGGUUUUGAAAAAUCAAAGAUGAGGCCCUACGAAACACAGGAAGAUUUCGCUGCUGCUCUUUCUAAAGGAAGCAAAGAUGGUGGCAUUGCUGUGCUUGUACAUGAAAUCCCCUACAUCAAACUGUUUCUUGCAAAGUACAGCAAAGGUUACACAAUGGUGGGACCUAUCUACAAGAGUGCAGGUUUUGCAUUUGCGCUUCCCAAGCAAUCACCACUAAGAGCUGAAAUAUCAAGGGCAAUACUCAACAUAACAGGAGAAGAUAGUAUCAAUGAAAUUGAAAAGAAAUGGAUAUAUCAAAACAGCCAUCAACAUGAGGAUAAAAUUGAUGGGUCAGGCGCUAUCACUUUUGAAAGUUUUGGGGGGUUAUUCCUCCUAAGGCCUUGUUCGGUUGAGGCGGUUUUGGAAGGGGAUUGGCAGGGAUUGAGGGGGAUUAGAUCCCCUGCAAGUCAAAAUCCCCUUCAAUCCACUCCAAUCCUCUUGAGAGGAGGUUUAAACGAACAAGGCCUAACUGGGAUUGUGACAACCUGUUCCCUUGCUGUAGCCAUGCUGAUGAACCUCUACAAAAAAUAUCAACAAAAUGCAUGGAGCAAAGAAGACGAUCAAAAUGAAUGUGGACACGGGCAACAAGGAGAAAAUGGACAUUCACAGGAAGAACAAGGAGAUCAAAACAGCAAUGAACACGGAAACUGCAGUGAUAUAGAGAAGCAGACAACAUUGACAGUGCCACUCAGUUCGAACACAGAGUGA